AUGGCCAUCACUCUUCUAAGCAAUAUGGCCCAAGACCCGCUCAAUACCGUUGCAGUGGUGCCUUACGACCUGGAACGAACCACAUCAAGAACAGGAGCCUCAGGGCCAAGGACUCAACCAAGAAACGCUCUCGCGGUUGCUGCCUCAAACCUCAUCAGCGCCAUCGCACAAGGAUCUACAGCCAACGACACAGUCGUAGUCCCGGAAAUCGACAACUUGUCUGAUGCCGGGUGUGACGAAGGCCCCAGCUCAUUCACCUACGCUGCACUAAACAACGAUAGUGUCGAAGCUGACCAACGAGGGUGGUAUGCAUCAGCAACAUACCACAUCUCAAAUAGAUACUACGACGUCGACAUUACUCUCAAAGCCACCAAAGUUGCUCUUUCAGCUCCACGCCAGCCCUCUGAAAUUAGCACAAGCCCCACCGAAAGUGUCCUCUCACAUCCCUUCCCAGCAUACCUCGUAGUCGUAGACCGAAGCCAACCGCUCGAACACCACCGACACCUCGCCUCCAGCCUCGAGUCGAAAGUAGCAGCAGGCUUCGACGCAGAUAUCAGCAUCGUCGCCGGAGUCUCGCUUCUCUCCUCAUCACAUCCACAAUUAGUCACUGCGCUAGACGAUGAGCCAAGAUCUUCAGCUUCCGCACGCGAAACAACCACGAAAGCUAAGACAAGCGACCUUGUUGCUCUGUACGCUGAUUUUGGAUGGGAGUUCAUUGCCAUUGAUGAUCUGGAUGCAGAGAACGAACGAGGUAUUGGCUCUGAAAACGGAGACAGCUACAGUGAUGGUGAAGGCGAAGAUGAUACUGAUGGGAUAGAGAGGAUAAGGGAAGCGCUGAUGAAUCAUAUGUGGAAUGGGCUUGUGAGGAAGGAUCAAGAUUCGGGCUCGGCAAGUCGGCAUUUGGCCAGCAGAGAUACUGCGUUCGGAAUGUUUUUUCACCAAGGGUUCUCGGACAGCAUGGAAGACAGGGACGAGGCUGAUGGCGACCAAGACGCUACUCCAUCACGAGCUGAGGCUACAUCUUCGUGUUCCAACAAUGACAGCAAUCUCGGCACAAAGCUUCCUUCAAUCAGCCUAGACAACCACGUCGAAGCAACCGGCUUGGACGAACAACUUGCAAAACUCUUCCUUUCCUCUUCCGACGGCAAAGACCUUGCAGACCUAGAAGCCUUCCUCGAGUCAGAAGAUCCUUCUUGGCCAGCAUCCCAGCCUCGCACCGCCACACAAGCCGACAAGACUGAUGACGCGCCAGCACAGUUCGAUGAUGACUUUGAUGGUUUCCUUCCAUUCCACUCCGCCCCAUCCCAACCUUCUGCACUGGCAACAGGGGCGGAGGAUGCAGAAGAACUGCCGAGUAUGGACGAAGUUUCUCAAAUGCAAGACCGUCUGUUUGGCUCCAAUGCAGCAUCUAGACUGGAAGCAGGGCCGCUGGGCAUGAGUAGCGGGGGAAGUGUUGCGGGUCAAGAUCUUGCAUCACAAUUACAGCAGCUUCAAUGGCAUGCUGAGAGAGUAAGGAGUAUUCAAGAUCCGGAUCAGAGGAGGAAGGAAGCUGCACUUGUGGCGUUAGCGUUUAGUAUGCAGUGGGAAAACGAAGGUGAAGGCGAGCUGGGAGGCGAUGGUGCGAUGGCAUUCUAG